UCCUCCUGAGCGAAGCAAGAUGGCGGCCGUCGUAGAGAGAGUAGAUGGAUGUGUCGGGUCCAUGGACUCGGACGCCGUGUCGCCGAGACAGUUCAGCCCCCCCCCGGACCAGCCGCACCAGAACAACCCGCUGCUGGGACUGCCCAUCGUGGCCAUUGAGACCGUUCUCCAUUUCCUGUCGUACGACGAAAUCAGCCUGCUGCGCUCGGUGUGUAAGCGUAUGGACAUGAUCUGCCAGCGUGUCCUCAAUCAGGGCUUCCUGAAGGUGGAGCGCUACCACAGUCUGUGCCAGAGGCAAGUCAAGGCCCAGCUGCCCAGGCGAGAAUCCGAGCGGAGAAAUCAUUCGCUGGCCCGUCACGCUGACAUCCUGGCUGCCGUGGAGACCCGCCUCUCUCUGCUCAACAUGACCUUCAUGAAGUACGUCGACUCCAACCUCUGCUGCUUUAUUCCUGGAAAGGUGAUAGAUGAGAUUUACCGGGUGCUGCGCUACGUGAACUCCACUCGAGCCCCCCAGCGGGCCCAUGAGGUCCUGCAGGAGUUGAGAGACAUCUCCUCCAUGGCCAUGGAGUACUUUGAUGAAAAGAUUGUCCCCAUUCUGAAGAAGAAGCUGCCGGGGGCCGACCUGUCCGGCCGCCUCAUUGGCUCCACACCAGUGGCAGGUCCAUCUACCUCCCUGACCACCAUGUCCCUGCUGGCCAAGAACACGCCGUCUCGUUCAGAGAUGACCAAGGUGCAGCAGCAGGUGAAGGUGAACGGGGCGUCGAUGACGGUUCUGCGGAGGGAGAUGCAGGAGAUCCGGGUGAAGCAGCUGGAGCAGCAGAAGCAGCUGCAGGACCAGGAGCAGAAGCUGCUGGAACAGACCCAGGUGAUCGGCGAGCAGAACGCCCGCCUCGCCGAGCUGGAGCACAAGCUCCGUGAGCUGAUGGACAGUAGCGCCGCCGCUUUGGGAGGACCGAGGCCCGCCGCGGCCGCCCCCUCCACGUCCAGCGCCGCCGCUGUGUCCCCCUCCGUGGCCACCGCCGCGCCCGGCACUGUGUCGGCCGCCGCCGGCGUGGCCACGGCCGCUCUACCCAGGGGGCUGGAGGGCGAGGGGGGUUUGUUGCUCAAGCGCACCAGAAAGAGCUCAGACCUUCCACGACAGUCCAAACGGCUGCGCAGCAAGAAGUGAGAGACUCGGCGUGUCAGUUAGUAGAAGCUUUGUUUUGUUUUUUUCCCAAGUCAGACGGAUCACAUGUUGUCCCCCGAGCAGAGUCCCGCCCACCACACCAUCGCCUGUUGUACUGUCGAAGAUGAGUUGUGUGUGUGUGUGUGUGUGUGUGUGUGUGUGUGUGUGUGUGUGUGUGUGUGUGUGUGUGUGUGUGUGUGUGUGUGUGUGUGUGUGUGUGUGUGUGUGUGUGUGUGUGUGUGUGUGUGUGUGUGUGUGUGUGUGUGUGUGUGUGUGUGUGUGUGUGUGUGUGUGUGUGUGUGCCCAAUAAUUGAGCAUACAGGCAGGCGGCUGCCCUGUGCAAGACUAUUUAUUGAAGGUUACAUUAAAUUACUUUUUAAUGUAGAAGCUCCUCUUGGAGGCUUCUAUGCUUCAUAAUGUGUUUGUCUAAACAGAGAAUCAGGUGGUUGGUAUAUUUGGUCAACUGAAGUCAAUUGGUAUGUGUUAUUAAUGUAGUUCCUGUCUCUGGGGGGGGGAAAUGUACCAAAUGGAAUAAAUCCCAGUGAAAAAAGGAGUCCUAAGUCCUCCCAUCACCUAGAUCAUAAAGCUAAGUUGCAUGCUAUGGGUAAGCCGUGAUCUCCUUUCCAUUUGAGUAUGGGUAGGAAGUCUCGAUCCACCAGCAGUCAUUUCAUUCACACUCUUCUUACUCUGGUAAAGUGCAAUAAAAGUCAUCUGAAAAGUCACAAGUAAGUCCUAUUCUUUUCCACAAGCAUUCUUAGUGAGUCCUGACUGGUUUUUGACCUGCUCAUAAGGAGCCGUUCAGGUGGUAUCAGGCCCCUGUGAGCAGAGCCACAUUCAGCGCUCACCUGAGUAUACAGCCAAGCAUUGGAGUAAGUACAAUGAGCCUACUUCUAUUUUACUACAGAAACCUGCAAUAUUUUUGAGCUUCAGACGUGAGCAUAAACGCGAUCUGAUUGGCUAGUGCCUGUGCUGUCUACCCACACACAGAUAUGAGGGUGUCUUCACUGUUCAGGCUUUGAGUUUCCAUGGGUUUUCCAUUUUUUGUUACACAGGGCAAAAGACAAAAAAAAGAAGCAUCCCUGAUCCUAUUUGGCACAAAGUGAUAAAGUCAGCAGUGCUCUCACCAAGGCAUUCAGAAGAAAAAGUCUGCGAUCAUGAAUAUUUUCGGCAUUGAAGUCUGCAGAGGCACAUUCCAGUGGUGGAUGACACUU